UAUUCUCAUGUUUGACGACCCCGCCCAGUCAGGUCAGCCUAUAGGAGCAGCAGGAGUACUACAGUCCUAACAGCCGCAAGGACGGGCACUCACGCACUCCCUGUGGGCUCAGCGGAGAACGCUGCUUUAUUUUUAAAGGGAACAUGAUUCCAGUGACAGAAUUCCGGCAGUUCACUGAACAGCAGCCAGCGUUCCGAGUUCUAAAACCAUGGUGGGAUGUGUUUACAGACUACUUGUCUGUGAUUAUGCUCAUGAUAGGCGUGUUUGGGUGCACUCUGCAGGUAAUGCAAGACAAAAUCAUAUGCCUUCCUCAAAGGACAAAUCAGACUGAGCUGACAAACCCAUCUGUUCCCUUAACUCCUGUGUCCUCAGUGACUGUUAGAGAGCUGAAAGGACUGAAGACCAACUUGGAUAUCCAGCAAUACAGCUACAUAAAUCAGAUGUGUUACGAAAAAGCACUGCAUUGGUAUGCAAAGUACUUUCCUUACCUGGUUCUCAUACAUACCAUCAUUUUCAUGGUGUGUAGCAAUUUCUGGUUUAAAUUUCCUGGCUCUAGCUCGAAAAUUGAGCACUUUAUAUCCAUCCUGGGCAAGUGCUUUGACUCUCCAUGGACUACAAGAGCUUUGUCUGAAGUUUCGGGGGAAAACCCUGAAGAGAAAGACAACAAAAAGAACAGUGCUAGUAGGUCAAACCUCAAUAUUCCAGCUACUGAGGGAAACUUGGAGAUGACUCAAUCUCUCAGAUCCAUUCCUGAAAAAAUAGUAGUUGACAAGCCAGCACCAAGCGUCCUUGACAAGAAAGAGGGCGAGCAAGCCAAAGCCUUGUUUGAGAAGGUCAAAAAAUUUCGCCUUCAUGUCGAGGAGGGCGAUAUUUUGUAUAUGAUGUAUGUCCGUCAGACUGUUGUGAAAGUAUUCAAGUUUAUCCUUAUAGUUUCUUACAGCAGUGUGCUGGUGUCAAAGGUUAAGUUUACUGUAAGAUGUACUGUGGACACACAGGAAAUGACGGGUUACCAGCAUUUCUUUUGCAAUCACACAACGGCCCACUUGUUCUCUAAGCUUUCCUACUGUUACUUGUGUUUUGUGAUCGUUUACGGACUCACAUGCCUUUAUACGUCCUAUUGGCUGUUCUAUCGAUCUCUAAAAGAGUACUCAUUUGAAUAUGUAAGACAAGAGACUGGAAUUGAUGACAUACCAGAUGUGAAAAAUGAUUUUGCUUUCAUGUUACAUAUGAUUGAUCAGUAUGAUCCCUUGUACUCCAAGAGGUUUGCCGUGUUUCUGUCCGAGGUCAGUGAAAACAAACUUAAACAGCUUAACCUCAACCAUGAGUGGACAGCUGACAAGCUUCGACAGAAACUUCUGACGAAUAGCAACAACAGGCUUGAGCUUCAGCUCUUUAUGCUUUCUGGUCUCCCAGAUACCAUCUUUGAGGUUACAGAGCUGCAGUCUUUGAAGCUAGAGAUCAUUAAUAAUGUUACCAUACCAGCAGCCAUUGCCCAGCUUGAGGAUCUCCAGGAGCUUUCGUUGUACCAGUGCUCCCUCAAGAUCCACAGCGCAGCCACCUCGUUCCUCAAAGAAAACUUGAAGGUGUUGCGAGUGAAGUUUGAUGAUAUGCGCGAACUUCCACAGUGGUUGUACGUGUUGCGGAGCUUGGAGGAACUUCAUCUGAUUGGAGCUUUGUGUUCUGAUGCAUCAAAGAAUGUAACGCUAGACUCUCUGAGAGAGCUCAAAUCGCUAAAGAUCCUGACACUGAGGAGUAACUUUACCAAGAUCCCUCAGUCUAUUGUAGACGUUGCCAGCCAUCUACAGCGUCUCUGUAUUUGCAAUGAUGGCACCAAGCUGGUCAUGCUGAACAACCUGAAAAAGAUGGUGAAUCUCAUAGAACUCGAGUUGGUGCACUGCGACCUGGAACGAAUACCACAUGCCAUUUUCAGCCUAAGUAAUUUGCAGACAUUAGAUCUGAAGGAGAACAAUAUACGUUCCAUUGAAGAAAUUAUCAGCUUCCAGCACCUCCGUAAGCUGGUCUGUUUGAAGCUUUGGCACAAUAGCAUCACCUUUAUACCUGAACACAUCAAAAAGCUUGGCAGCUUGGAGCGCCUCUACCUUAGUCACAAUAAGAUUGAGAUCUUGCCCUCACACUUGUUCCUCUGCAACAAACUGCGCUACCUCGAUCUUUCGAACAAUGACAUCCGCUUCAUCCCACCUGAGGUAGGAGUUCUUCAGAGCCUCCAAUACUUCUCCGUUAGUUGUAACAAAAUCGAAAAUAUUCCGGAUGAACUCUUCUUCUGUAAGAAGCUAAAAACUCUCAAGCUUGGCAGGAACUCGCUGUCCAUCCUCUCACCAAAGAUUUCUUACCUAAGUGCCCUGACUCACUUGGAGUUAAAGGGCAAUCACUUUGAGUUCUUGCCUGCUGAACUAGGCUGUUGUCGAUCCUUGAAGAGGAGCGGACUUGUGAUAGAAGAUGCGCUGUUUGAGACGCUGCCCUCUGACAUCAGGGAACAGAUGCAAACAGAGUGAUGUUCCACUGCUUUGCUUUAAUUCCAAAUGUCUCGAUCUUGCUCCUUAAAGGGACACUCCCAUUUUUUUGAAAAUAGGCUUAUUUUCCAGCUCCCCUAGAGUUAAACAUUUGAUUUUUACUGCUUAAAAUCCAUUCAGCUGAUCUCAGGGUCUGGCGCUAGCACUUUUAGCAUUGAUUAGCAUAAUCCAUUGAAUCUGAUUAGAAAAUUUAGCAUCGCACUUAAAAACCAAAGAGUUUCGAUAUUUUUCCUAUUUAAAACUUGACUCUUCUGUAGUUACAUCAUGUACUAAGACCGACGGAAAAUUAAAAGUUGCGAUUUUCUAGGCAGAUAUGACUAGGAACUAUACUCAGUCCGGCAUAAUAAUCAAGGAAUUUGCUGCUGUAAUGGUGCAUUCACACGGCCAUAAGCUUUAACGCUUAACGGAAGGCUGGUCUGAAGCCAAUCACAAUUCCACGUAAUUGGCUAGCUCAGUCUAGGUUAUUAGCAUAAGGCGAUCUGAUUGGCUGAUGCACGCGUUGCCGCAUAAAAAGUUGAGAAAUGUUCAUCUUCUGCCACGAGCAAUGGCAGUGAUGCGUUGCCGACGGAUCCACAAUUCAGUUCGGCAAUGCAUGAUGUCACCCAGUUAAAGGGAAUAGGAAGGUUAACGUUUACGCCCCAUGUGAAUGCACCAUAACAUGGCUGCAGGAGGUGCAAUGAUAUGAUGCAGCAGCCGGAAUAUAGUCCCCUUAGUAACUUUCAAUAGCAGGGAACUAUUUUUGAACACUGCGUAAUAUCAUUGUGCCUCCUACAGCCAGCAAAGUCCUUGAUUAUUAUGCCAGAAUAAGAGUUUAGUUCGAUGCUAAUGGUCUAAUCAGAUUCAAUGGAUUAUGCUAAGCUAUGCUAAAAGUGGUACCGCCAGACCCGGGAUUUGCUGAAUGGAAUCUAAAAUUGCAAAAAUCAAACGUUUAACUCCAGGGGAGCUUGAAAAUGAGAAUAUUUUUUAAAAAGAUGAGUGUUCCUUUUUAAAGAGGCAAUACUCCAUGUGCUCGGUCCCGUUGUACCUGUUGUUUAUCUAUAUUGGUGAGUACCUGCAAUUUCAUAUUACAAAAUGUCAAAAAUACAAAUGUAGUUUAUUUUGAUCUGAAUGUUUUAUUACCUGUCAAUCACAAAAGUAUUUACACAGGAGUCAUAAAACAAUGGGAUGUACUACAGUUCCAAUGUUUUUGCUUUCCCAAUCCCUUUUAGCUCAGUUCAGUUCAACUUUAUUUCAUUUCCCGAAGGCAAUUUUGUUGCAGCAUACAAGUAUAUCACACAGAACAUAAAAACAACACAAAAACAUUUAAAUGCUGUACUACAUGUUUUUGCACUAGCGUUUUCGUUAUUAGAAUUUGCACUAGAAAUAUCACCAUUCCUCUUUUUACAUUAUAAUGUGGGACUUAAUGUUUCAUUGAAGUAUGUGUGAUAGGAAAACAUAGUUUAUAUUAUUGUUUAUAUUAGUAGUUUUGUUCUUCUUUUAUUGCAUAACCAAGAAAUAUGAAGCUUUUAGAAAAUGGUGACCGCAGGAACCUCUUAUGCAUGUCCUCUCAGGUUGACUUCACUUUCUUUGCAACGCUGACUUUAAUGUUAAACUGGUUUGCGAAUUGUAGCUGUAGAUCAUAGCUAGAUAAAGCAAACUGUCUUGUACCAGCUUCAGCUGCAGUGUUUCCAAAACAUAAGGGGCCUUUAUUGUAAUAAAAGAUAAUAAUUUAAGCCGGAAAUAUCCCUUACAUUUACCUUUUUAACAGUACACAGAUUUUCCAGUAUUUGAGUCAUUUAAAAAAAAAAAAAUUCAAUAAUUCACUAUAAUAAAAGCUUUAUCAACAAAUAUUAGCAGCAGUGUUUGUCAACUAAUAUAGCUUACAUUGUACAAGGUCAUUAUGUAUAUUGAAAUAAAAACAAUUUUGUAGAAACCUAGUUAGUAAAUAUAUUAAUUGAAAUAAUUAAAGCUUAUUGUUCUUGUAUGGAAGUAAUAUUCGGUGCUUUUCUGUAAUGUUCUUAUGCAACAAAUAUAAAAAAUAGCUUUAUUAUUAUUACCUUUAUUAUUCCUUAAUCUAGUAAUGUAGUUCACAACUGUGUGUUUUGUCCUGAGGUCAUGUUAAUGUUGUCUCUGAUCUGAUCUUGCCAUGUGGGAGUUGACUCCAUCUCAUGUAGUAAGAUCAGCAUGUGGCCUUUCUUUACAGACUGCCCUUCACACUCCUCUUUCAUAACAAACAAGUAUUAAGUCAGGUUUUCACUUGUAUAUCACAAUUGUAUUUGAAUGAAAUGUGUUUGCCAGAAGUAUUUUAGUAGUAUGGUCUAUGCAAAUCUUUGAAGCCUUUGUCAUUUAGUUUUUACAGUAGGCCUUUGUUAAGGAAGCUUUGUUUUGGCUUUUAAAGCCAUAAUAGCAUUAAUGCCAAAGUGUAUCAGGUAUGUUUUUUAUUGUCUGCAUAAUUUAAAACUAUUAUUAGUAGGGCUGGGCAAAAAAAUCGAUUUUUCGAUUAAUCGAUUUUUAAAACGUGGUCGAUUAAAAAUCGAUUCUCAAAGAGCAGAAUCGAUUUUUUUUU